AUGAAAGCCAUUCACCAAAAGGAAAAAGAGUCCACAGCAUUGAAUCGUUCCAAACUUCUCUCCAUCAUUCCCAGAGAGUUAUUUAAACCCAAUGUGAAAAAGUAUGUCCUGGACAUGAUUCUCUCCUCUCUCACGUCCCAACUCAUGAUUCUUGGAGCAUGUAAGAUUCUUUCACUGACAGAGAGUUCAAUUUCUCCAUAUUGGGUCUACUCGGCUGGUCUUGUCAUGUGCAUACUCGCUGCAUUUCCUACCUAUAAGAGUUGUCUCUUCAUUCAUGAAGCAGUUCAUCAAAUACCAAACAUGCCUUUCAUUGCAUGGUUCUACAAUUUGGUCAAUGGUUUUGUGAAUCGAAUGCCCUUCUAUGCAUAUACUCCUCAUUUGCGACAUCACAUGCCAGAAAAUUAUGGAACACUCCAAGAUCCAGAAUAUGAUUAUCUGGCUUCGUAUUCAGUGGCAUUCAAUUUUGUGGUUGCUCCUAUCGUGAGUUCAUUUGCGAGUGCUGUUUUUGUAUUCAUUCGAUUUGGUUUGAUUCCUUUUCUGUUGCCUUUCGUUGGCUCCUCUGCACGAAAUUUCAUUUUCAGAUUUGCAAGUACAUUGGUCAUGAAUCCCAAAUACGAUCGAGGAUUACCAAUGAAUCAAACAGAACGUUGGAAUUGGUACUCUCAAGAUUUUGGAUGUGCCGUUUGGACAUGUCUCUUGAUGAUGGCAUUGCAUUGGAAUUGGAUUGGUGUGAAUUACUUGUUGGUGAAUUUUAUGGUCACAUUCUGUACCUUUUUGGUGAAUUAUUACAGAGCGAUCAUGGCACAUCGAUAUUUUGCAGAUGGUCGUUGCACAUUCACUCGAAAGCAAAUGAUUCUCGACUCGGUGAAUUAUGAGAAUGAUAGUUUUUGGAGUGAAAUGUUUUUUCCAUUUUCGUUGAAUUAUCACGGAUUGCAUCAUGUGUUUCCAAAUAUUCCUUAUCAUUCGUUGAAAAAGGUUCAUUCCAUUAUUAUGGAAUAUAUUGAGAAACAGGAUCCAAAUCAUCCUUACAAGUAUACAGUUGUGAAAAGUUAUUGGAAUGCUGUUGCGUUGCAAGCCAAUGGAGAAAUGUAA